UGACCGCGGGAGGGCCCAGCCUGAACAGUGCCCUGGUCCCUGCGCCGGCAGAGGGCGUCUGACCUCGGUCUCCUCUCCUCCAGCCACAGAGGCCCUCCCAGAGCAGACACCUGCAAAGGAUCCCGGGCGCCCACACCCACAGCCCAGAGGAGCAUGGAGCUGAAGGACAGAGCAACCCGUGGAGCCGAGGGCUUCAACAACACCGCCUUCCAGAUUGAAGAAAAUUUUCUGGAAAACCAGAACGUAUCAGAAAAUAACAACUCCAUAAGAAGCGGUGCUGUACAAAGUGGGGAACAAAUGAACAGCAAACAGGACGAAGAACAAGUCACGAUCCAGCAGGAUUCCCCAAGAAACAAAGACAACGACCGUGAUGUGGAUGAAGAGAAUCAUGCAAAAGGGUGCUUGGAAAGGAAGUACGAUACAAUCCUAGAUUUUUGCAGGAAACACAAAACCACGCUUCAGUAUAUCACCUGGGGCAUCUUAUUAACCGGCUAUCUGCUGCUGGUGAUCACAGCCUGCGUGCUGAACUUCCACAGAGCCCUUCCUCUUUUUGUCAUCACCAUGGCGGCCAUCUUCUUUGUCAUCUGGGAUCAUCUGAUGGCCAGAUACGAGCAUCGGCUUGGUGACCUUCUCUCCCCCGGUCGAAGGCUUCUGAAUCACCACUGGUUCUGGCUGAAGUGGGUGAUCUGGAGUUUGCUCAUCCUAGCAGUAAUGUUCUGGCUGAUCCUCGACACUGCCAAACUGGGUCAACAGCAGCUGGUGUCCUUUGGUGGGCUCAUAAUGUAUGUCAUCCUGAUGUUUCUGUUUUCCAAGCAUCCGACCAGAGUUUACUGGAGACCCGUCUUUUGGGGAAUUGGAUUGCAGUUUCUUCUUGGACUUUUGAUUCUAAGAACCAAACCUGGAUAUAUAGCUUUUGAUUGGUUGGGAGGACAAGUCCAGAUCUUUCUGGAGUACAGUGAUGCUGGGGCAUCAUUUGUCUUUGGUGAAAAAUACACUGACCACUUCUUUGCAUUUAAGGUUCUGCCCAUUGUGGUUUUCUUUAGCACCGUGAUGUCCAUGUUUUACUACCUGGGACUGAUGCAGUGGAUCAUCAGGAAGAUUGGAUGGGUAAUGCUGGUUACCAUAGGAUCAUCUCCUAUUGAAUCUGUGGUUGCUUCUGGCAAUAUAUUUGUUGGACAAACAGAGUCUCCACUGCUGGUCCGCCCAUAUUUACCCUACAUCACCAAGUCCGAACUCCACGCCAUCAUGACCGCUGGCUUCUCCACAAUUGCAGGAAGUGUCUUAGGCGCGUACAUCUCUUUUGGGAUUCCCUCAGCCCAUUUGCUGACAGCCUCAGUGAUGUCAGCACCUGCAUCGCUGGCUGUUGCUAAACUCUUUUGGCCUGAGACAGAAAAAUCUAAAGUCACCCUCAAGAAUGCCAUGCAAAUGCAAAGUGGUGAUUCGAGGAAUCUGUUGGAAGCUGCAACCCAGGGAGCAUCCUCAUCCAUCUCUCUGGUGGCCAACAUCACCGUGAAUCUCAUCGCCUUCCUGGCCCUGCUGUCUUUCGUGAACUCAGCCCUGUCCUGGUUUGGAAGCAUGUUUGACUACCCACAGCUGAGUUUUGAGCUCAUCUGCUCCUACAUCUUCAUGCCUUUUUCCUUCAUGAUGGGAGUAGACUGGCAAGACAGCUUCAUGGUUGCCAAACUCAUAGGCUAUAAGACGUUCUUCAACGAGUUUGUGGCCUAUGAGCACCUCUCCAGACUGAUCAAUCUGAGGAAAGAGGCAGGACCCAAAUUUGUGAACGGUGUGCAGCAAUAUAUGUCGAUUCGUGCUGAGACCAUUGCCACUUACGCCCUCUGUGGUUUCUCCAAUAUCGGUUCACUGGGAAUAGUAAUUGGUGGACUCACAUCCAUGGCUCCAUCCAGAAAGCGUGACAUCGCUGCAGGGGCAGUGAGAGCUCUGAUCGCAGGAACCAUCUCCUGCUUCAUGACUGCCUGUGUUGCAGGCAUACUGUCUGCCACUCCUGUGGACAUCAACUGCCAGCAUGUUUUACAGAAGGCCUUCAACUCCAGUUUAACCAGCAAUAUAACUGAAGUGUUCCCCUGUUGCCAAAGUCUAUGGAACAGCACUGUUGCCAAGGGACCUGGUGACAUCAUUCCAGGAGGAAAUUCUAGCCUGUUCGCCUUGAAGGGCUGCUGCAAAUUGAAGCCAUCAGCAUUUAACUGCAGUUGGAUCCAUAAUACGUUUUGAGCUCAGAUAAUUCUCCAACAGAACUUUGAGUACUGGUGCUGAAUUUCUACUUUGGAGCUGAAAAAAAGUGGGAAAAGCUGUGCCUGGAUUGAUACCCCCAUGGUGGAAUCAGUUUUAGUUUCCCGGAAAUAAGAAAAAAAAAAGUGAAUCCUUCAGAAUAACAGAAUCUUCCUCCUCCUCUUCUCCACUGUCUGCAUGCCAUGUCCCCAGGCGAUCCUUUCCCUCCUGAGAAACCACUUUGAUAUCCCAAAAGGAAGCAUCAUCUCCAGUUCCAACAAGAUUUUCUUAGCUUAGAUCUUCAAAGCAUUUCAUGACAAUACAAAUCAUGCCUCAUCACGACUGGGCUAUGAUUCAGCCACAUCCCUGUAGUCUUCUGGAUUGCUGUUAAGUAAACCCUCUACGUGACGUGUUUUAAUCACAUCUCAGGGGAGUUCACUGUACAGCCACCGUAGCUUAUCUGAAAUAGCUUGAACUCGAACAUCACAUGAAGAAAGACUGAAUAUCAAUCACCUACUCAUAGACAUUUGGGGUUUCACGAGAUCACAUACGCUAUGCCAGAACAAGGAUUUAAACUCCCUUUGCUUACUGAGUCGUAGCAGUCAGCUUGAGCUAAAUGACUCUGCAGUAAUACACAACCCCAAAACCUUAGUACCUUACCAAUUUCCUUUUCAUUCCAUUACAUGUUUGCAAUGUUCGAUUUUGGAUGUACUCCAUGUUGGUCUUAAGAGAAAGGGUAGAGAAAGAUAGAGGACAUCUUGGUUCUUUAAAAGUCAUCAGGAAGUAACACCCUCUGAUUUCUCUACAUUCCAUUAACCAAGCAAGUGCUAUGACAAGCAUAGUCAGUGAGCUUAAAUUAGUGUGCAGGAACUGCAUGUUAUACCACAAUGGUGCAAGAUACCCAUGUUUGUUUUCAAGAGUCAACUUUAUAGGAUAUAAAUGUAAGACUACUAAUGCCCAAACUUUGUAAUAUUUCUGGUACGAGAAUAGAAAAUAGCAACUCUUCAGUCCAAUAGUCAUGAAAAGGUGAGCAGAGAGGUCAAGGUAAAUCCUGGCUGAGUUCUGGAACUUUCCAUUAACCAAGUUAGGCAUUAGCAUUAAACUGCAUGAUGGUUAUCAUUAUAACUUUCAAAGGUGAUUCACAAGUCAAAAAACAAAACAAA